CAACCGUUGGACACCAUCCACUCCGCCGCAGGUCCGCACGUCCAUGUCCAAGGUGUGCGGCCUCAUGCAUUAGUUGACUUGGUUCCCUCGCGUUCCUUCGUGCGAAAGAACCAUACGGUACUCAGACUGGCACGCGGGUGUUGUGUGUGACAUUGUGGGGGAUUUUGUCCGGUGUGUGCGAGAAGUGUCUGUCCUGUUUUGACGAUAUGAUAUCGAAAAGGGGGAGUAGACCCCAUUUAUGGUGGUUAGCGACAGCCCUAGUGGUUGAAAUCAGCUUAGUUUCCUGUAUACAAUACCAACCAGUUGAGUUGACAGGCGUUGGUGAUGGAGAAUGUGCCUUGUUACUAAACGGACCUGGAAAAAGUAGCCAGUUCGAUUAUUCACUGAACCUUCUCAGAGGAGGAGGCAACCUGAAUUAUAAUGGACCACACACUUGCAUCACAUACGAUGCAAUUAACGCCGCAUAUCUUGACGCACGUAAAAGGAUUCGUAUUGCACAACCACAUGGUGACUGGAAGCCAGAAGAUGUUGCCACAGUUGGUGAACUUCUGUUGGACAUUUCCAUAAACUUGGCCAACGCCUACGGAUUGACUUACGAAGACAUAGAGAAGAGCUUACCUUUAAUCGACACCAGCAGAACCUUAAUUCGUGAAGUAUGUCCUCCAUACUUGUCCAACGUCGAAUGCAGAGCCGGAAAGUAUAGAAGAUUCGAUGGGCUGUGCACCAAUUUGGAACAUCCAACUUGGGGAGCCACCAACACUCCCUUCACCAGAUUAUUGGGUCCUUUGUUCGCUGAUGGUUUAUCAGCUCCUCGUAUUAGUGUGACGGGCAAAGAGCUGCCGUUAUCUCGUGUUGUGUCUAGAACCAUGCACCCCGACGAAGGCUUCCACGAUCAUGCCGGCACUGUUAUGGUUAUUGCUUGGGGUCAGUUCAUGGAUCACGAUUUCACUCUUACCGGAACACCCCUAGAUCCAUUCAAUAGGAACGACCCUGAAGACUGUUGUGGACGUCCACCACAUCUUAAACAUCCGUACUGUAACGAGAUACCAAUCCCUGCCGAUGAUUACUUUUACAAACUGUUCCAUGUGAGAUGUUUGAACUUCGUCCGAGCUUUCCCCGCAGCCAGGCCAGGAUGUCGUCUUGGUUCAAGAGUGCCAUACAACACUCUUACCGGUGUCAUUGACGCCAACACUGUCUACGGAGUCACCGAACACUUCUCCAGGAAACUUCGUGAAGGACAAGGAGGGCUUCUCAGAAUGAAUCCAGCCUUCGAGCAGUACGGUCUCAAAGAUUUGUUGCCCCUAAAGCUGGACAUUCCAGACGAAGGUUGUACCAGACCCAAUGCUAGUAUGUACUGUUUUGAAGCUGGAGAAAUCAGAGUCAACGAACAAUUGGUGUUGACUUGCAUGCACACCCUCAUGGCCCGUGAACAUAACAGGGUUGCCAGGGAAUUGGCCGCCGUCAAUCCUCACUGGGACGACGAAACCCUUUUCCAGGAAGCAAGACGUAUUAACAUUGCCAUAGUGCAACACAUCACCUACAACGAAUUCUUACCAAUUCUUCUCGGCAAAGAAGUAAUGGAAAAGUUCGGAGUUCUUCUUCAGAAAGACGGCUAUUGGGACGGUUAUGAUCCGAAUGUAAACCCCAACAUCAUUGAUGCUUUCGCCUCAGCCGCCUUCAGAUUUGGACACUCGCUUUUGCCCACGGCCGUGGAAAGAUGGAGCAAGGCACACAAAUUCAUAGCCUCAAAGCGUCUGUCGGAUUUGAUCAGAAGACCAUACGACUUGUACAGAGCCGGAGUGUUGGACGAAUACAUAAUGGGUCUGAUGAACCAAGUGGCGCAAGCCAUGGACGACUCCAUCACACAAGAAGUGACCAAUCAUUUGUUCAAAAAGCACGGCGCCCGUUUCGGCAUGGAUUUGGUCAGUUUCAACAUGCAAAGAGGCCGCGAAUUCGGCAUUCCCGGUUACAUGGAAUUCCGGAAGUUCUGCGGAUUGCCCGGCUCCGACUCGUUCGAAAGCUUGUUCGGUUCCAUGCCCAACGAGACUGUUAGGAAAUAUGCCUCCAUUUUCGAGCACCCAAGUGAUGUAGAUUUGUGGUCUGGUGGUGUAUCUGAACGUCCACUUCCUGGAAGUAUGUUAGGACCAACUUUCGCUUGCAUAAUCGCCACACAAUUCAGUUACGCGAGACGUGGAGACAGAUUCUGGUACGAGCUUCCGAACCAGCCGUCCAGUUUCACACCGGCACAACUACAGGAAAUUCGUAAGGCUCGUUUGGCCAGGAUUAUUUGCGACAACACCGAUUUGAUUGAUACGAUUCAAUUAUACCCAAUGGUUUUGCCCGACCAUGAGAUUAACCCCAGGGUACCUUGCAGGAGUGGGGUAAUUCCAAGUAUGGACUUCUCAAAAUGGGCUGAUUAUCAGGGACAAGGUUUCUCAAAUGGAUUUGAAUUUGAUCAUACAUUAGGCAAAUAAUUUAGUUUUAGGUAGAUUAUCAUUAAUGUACAGAUGCCAUUGUAUUAUUUAUUAUGUUAUUCUGGAGUAAUCUAAAUAUUCUUUGUUUCCAUUCUAUUACAUGACUCAAAUUACAUCAAUUGACAAGACAUGUACCGUGAGUAAUAAUUAUUAUGUAAUGUGUCAUGUAAUUUUGUACAUUAUUUUUGGAAAUCAUGAGUUAUUAGAUUACCGAGAUAAGUCAGUCCACAUAUUUACCAUAAUAUAGGGGAAUUUUUAUGUACUAUAACAAAUGAAUGAAUUUAAAAUAUUUCGUUUUGAGAAACCUAAUGUUUGAUUAAGUAGUAACUUAAAUAUGAAUUACAAUGAAAGCAUUUCUAAAAAACUGUAGAGUUCAAUACAGUUUUAGAAAUUGCUUAGUUGUAGUUUGUAUUUGUGACUCAUUAAAAACAUCUGAAAAAUGAGUUUAAUUUUCUAGUUAAGUGUAAAUUUUUAUCAUCAUCUAUUUUUAUUUUAGUCUUUGUAUAUACAAUAUUUAUUUAAAUGUGUUUGAAAACGUUACGCUGUAUAAAAUACUCCAUAUA